CUAAGGUGGUAAGUUCAAGCUUAAUCUCAGUUUUUGGAGGCAAACUUGUGUUCUAUUUUGGACACAGCUAUCCGAGAGAGAGGAGAGGGAGAGGGAGAUCAUGGCCGGGGUGUGGAAGUAGUAGCAACAUGAACGAAGUUACCAACUAACUAGACAACAAAAUACAGAUACAGACACACAAUAUUGUAGCAUGGACCUAGACAUUUAGAGCCAUUCUCUUUUAGCAUUUCACACAGGUAGUUCUGCUUCCUUCACUGCCACACCCCUCUCUCUCUCUCUCUCUCUCCCUCUCCUUGUCACUGCAAACCCUUGCUCUCUCUUGGCCAAACCCACUCAAACACACCUUAUAAUAUUUCUUCAACAAUCUUAUAAUAAACCCGCAGAGAGCCAGACUCCUCGACUCAAAAAGCAUUGCCAUUCUCGGUUUAAAGUACCUUACUCGCACUUUCUCUCUAGCCUCUUACGCACAAAACAACCACUCUUCAAUGGCUACGCCACUGCUUCUCAUGGCCUCCGGCCAAACCGCGAGUGAGGAUAACACCGGAGCCCUGUUCGGGACCGAAGGAAUCAAACCUGAGGCCGGAAAAACCAGAGGGAGAAAGUCCAGCAGAGGACCAAACCAGAAAAAACAACCCCAGAGAGGACUCGGUGUCGCCCAGCUUGAGCGCCUCAGGCUUCAAGAACGCUGGAAGAAAAUUGCAGAAAUACCCCAGGUCCAGUCCUUUAACCAUCUCGAUCCUCAGCGUCAGUACAAGACUCCAAUAUUACCUUGCACCGACCAGGUUGGGUCUGUUCCGGUGCAGUUCGGGGCACCACUGUACUGCGCACCUACGCCGGUUGUUAACGGCUGUGGGGGUCUGGUUGUUCAGAGGGUUGGAAAUGGAGGUGGUUUUGGGGGGCUGUACUAUGGUGGGUCUUCCGGAAUGCGAGCGGUAGUGAUGGGUGACCAGGUUGGGAUGGAUGCGUAUGGUGGGAUUGGGGAUCCGGAUCCAAAAGUUUUUGUUGGGACUGUGUUUGAGACCUCGAACGAGCUCUCUUCAAUGCCAAAGAUGCACCAUGGGCCUCAGCACUGUGAUGUCUGCUUCAAGAAAAAGUACUUCAGUGGGAGAAAUAUAGGGUGUAAUGGAGGGAGAGAAAACUAUUCUGAGAUUUCUUCACUGAUAAAUAGCUCUCAUGAUUUUAUGGGAUCGAAUCUGGAAAACAUCCCAAACCUCACUGGAGAAACCUGCAAUUUUGGUGGCACAGCUCCAAGCCGUUCCUGUCUCAAUCUUGAUGAUCAGGGUGUAGAGGUUGUAGCUGUUCACAGGAAGGGAAAUUCAAGGGGCGGAAGCGUUUUGAUGGAAUACGAGUUUUUCCCUGGAAAAAAUGGCAGAGGCACUUCUUCCAAGGCGCUUGAAGAAGCUUCAGUUGCUGUGGAUGGUGAAGCUUCUUAUCUUACAUCUGCUGCUUACAGUUCCACUUCUAAUUCUGUUGAUUUGUCUCUCAAGCUUUCAUAUUAGAACCCAAGGGAGGUCUAUUUUUGUCUUUAAUUGGUUGUUCAUAUCAGUGUGUUAAGCGUGUGAAAAAGAACCCAAACACAGCCUUUUGGUUUCCCUUUUUUUGGUAAACAAAUGCAGUUCUAAUUCUUGGGAAUUCUCUAAUUUCUUCUAUCUCUAUUAGAUUUUCUCAGUUACUGUUCAAUUUUCUCAUCUUAAUUACCAUAUUACUACUCA